AUGUUUGUGGCUGGAUUUGAGGCUAGCGGGCGUGUCACUAUCUCUAACAGUGAGUUUGACGGCCAGACAACUUGGUCUGCUUCCUGCGACGGUCACCACUACUGGACAGUUUUGGGCUACGGUAAAAACGACAAGGUGACAUUUACUGGCAACUACAUCCAUCAUACCUCCGGCCGCUCCCCCAAGUUGGAGUUCAACAGCUACUGGCACGUCUACAACAACUUCUGGUUCAACAACACCGGCCAUGCCUUCGACGUUGGUGAAGGUACCAAAGCUCUUAUCGAAGGCAACGUCUUUCAACAAGUCAAGACUCCAUUUUUGGAAGACAGCUCCCCCGGAAAGACCUUUGCCGUCACCUCGAGCGACAAGUCGACUUGUGAUUCUAAGCUCGGUCGUACAUGCGCUGUCAACACUUUUACUUCCUCCGGUACUCUAUCUGCCGGCGAUGAGACUGUCCUGUCUAGCUGGCCAAGUGGCGAGUCUGGUAUCGACGUUCUGGACGCCGACCAAGUCAAGUCCUCAGUGCUAAGCAAUGCUGGCAUUGGAAAGCUCAGCAGCUCAAGCUCUUCCAGGAAGGUCCGUCAGUUCGAUGUUCCUGCCCCAUUGGCUCCUGUUCUCUCCUCUGCGGAUCCUGGAGCUACUCCUUGUGCAACGCCCAGUGGUGCUGCACCCACCUAA